AUGAAAAGCCUGCCAAAAUACUCAAAAUACGACCAACUUCAGUUGCUAGAAGAUGCUUCUGUGAAGAAUCAUCAGAUGGUCCUCGAAAAACUUCGUCAUGUCGUUCAAUCGACUCGAGGUAGCACCGCGUCGGGCUUUUCAGACGCUUGGAAAACCCAUCUCCCCGAAUUCAAGCGGGCUUUCGCAGGGAUCCAAGGAGCACGGCUAAGUGAGAUGUUCUCAGUCGGACUAAGGCCAUUGUUUGAGGACGAAUUUACGACUUUAAAAUCUUCAUCAUAUCCUGUACUGGACACAGACGUUUCAUACGUUUACCAGAACUGGGGUUUGACAGCGGCGUCUGAAGAUAAUCCAUUAGAUGCAAUGAAUAAAUACAUGGAGUGGCAUCGUGGUCUUGACCCGGACCUAUUUCAGCCAAAGAAAGCGAGAGCUGUGAAAGCUUACCUGUCCCAUCGAGAGAUUACCGCGUCGAUUGGUAAGAGCUUGAGUCAGUUGGACAGCCUGGACAGUUGUGAUUAG